AUGGCCAGUGAAUCAAGUGAUGAUGAUUUGUUAAAUAUGGAUGAUUCGGAAGGAAAUUUUGGAGAUUUCAUGAUGCUUCAUUGCUUUGUUGCACACAAAGGAAGUACCAUUGGUAGGAUACCUUGUAGAAAAUCAUUGCUUAUGGGAAAAAUGUACGUGCUCGAAAUUUUGAAUAGACAUCCGGAAGUGUGUUAUCGUAAUUUUCGUAUGCAGAAACACGUUUUUAUGAAUUUUUGUGAUACUUUAAAAGAAAAAGGGUUGCUGUAUGAUGGGAAAAAAGUGAGUGUUGAGGAGGGUGUUGCUAUGUUUUUGAUGAUUGUAGGGCACACUACACGAUACAGUAUAAUUGGUGAUAGGUUACACAAAUGGUUUAAACGAGUUGUCAGGGCUGUUUGUUCAUUUGGCAUUGAACUAGUACGUCCGACAAAUCAAGACAUUGUGCAUGAGCGAAUUUUGCAGAAAUAUCCUUUCUUUAAAAAUUGUAUAGGUGCAAUAGAUGGAACACAUGUUGCUGCUUGGGCUCCUGCAUCGAGACAAAUAUCUUUUCGAGGAAGGAAAACUAAUGUAACACAAAAUGUGAUGUUGACAUGUGAUUUUGAUAUGAAAUUCACAUUUGUGUAUUCUGGUUGGGAAGGUACUGCUAAUGAUUCACGAGUAUUUGUUGACGCUGUCACAAGGAGCUCAAACAAUUUUCCAAUGCCACGAGGAGAUCAAUUUUACCUUGUUGAUUCUGGAUAUCCAAACAUAUCAAGAUUUCUUGCCCCCUAUUGA